AUGGCCUGCGGGGCCCUCCUGCCCCGGGCACAGUCGGGCCAGGAAUUCCUCCGAGCGUCGCACUUCACCCUGGGCCCCGAAGUGCGUUUGCACGCGGACAGCAGACAGGCCACGUCGCACCGCCACUUCCCGCCGCACGCCGCGCACCCCGAGCCUCUCCUGCGCCCCGCGCCGCCGCGCCCGCCCUUCCUGCCCGCGUCCCCUGGGGCCUGGGCGCGCGCGCCGCCCGUGUCCGAGUCGCACUGCGCGUUCCCGUCGCCGCCGCUGCAGCCGCAGGUGGCCCGGCGCGCGCUCGUGCAGGCGCGCACCCGCGCUAUGCAAAGCAGCCGCGUGAGCGCGCCGGGGGAGACGGACGCGCGCACCGGCCGGACCGGCACCUCCGUGGCGCAUGCGUGCUACCGCUGGCUGCCGGGCUCGCCGCAUGCCCGCGAGCUGAUCCUGGGCGCGCGCGUCAUCUUCGACCGGGACUCGGUGCUCAAGGGCGACCUGUCCAAGCCCUGGCGCCUGCCGUGCACCACGAACCAGGAGUUCUUCCAACCCCAUCACUCGUGCCCACAGAGCCGCAGGGCCGGCAGGCACCUCCAUGACUCGAACCUCCUGCAAUGGGACUCCAGAAAACAGGAGAAUGAGACAUCCUACAAGAGACAGUUCUUGGCCCUGGCUAACCCACCAGCCUUGACAUGUCCAAAGGCCACCUCCAGCAUUGAAAUAAGAGAUACCAAGGCAAACCCAAAACCCAUGACCUCUGAGAUAAAAGACUUCUUCAAACUUCAGGAUUUGCCACCCGACAGAUAUAAUAAGGACCAGGCAUCUACUCACAUCUAUUCUGUGCAUAUUCAUCCCGGGGAUUGCCUCUUCCGUGACAAAACCACGAGGGCUCAUUACUUUUAUGCCCAUGAGCCAGAGCCCUUUUUUCUCCACCAUGACAAUACUCCGCAGUCCCACAUCAUGGAAGGGGACAGGCGUUCAGGCAGCUUCAGCACCUCCACGAGCCUUUGCCAUGGCCAACCCAUCACCACGGCUCCCAUGCCAGGGACCCGCCAUCAGCCUCAUGAGGCACUGCGGGGUCAUGUUAUCCUGGGGGAUCCGAUGCUGCUCAAGGAGUUCUUCCACACCUCCAUGAGCACCGACUAUCGCAGCCCUGAGAUGCCAAGGCUGCCCAUCAUGCCCACCCUUCACCUGCUGCAUAGCAGCCUACCCAUGGGCACGGGUGAACAAGACUUUUUAACCUUGAAGCAGAAGAUGAUGAAGCCACAUAGAUUAUGUCCAGCCUCCCUGACUGACCAGCAGCUACAGAGGUGCAAGUACAACCAUAUUGAGCCGCCACUGGGGAGACAGCGCUUCCUGUCCACCAUUUACAAGGACGAGUACACCUGCAAAUACAGUGGUCCAGUAGUGCUGACUCAAGGAUCAAGACAGGAGAGCCACCUACCCCUGGGUACCAUGUACCAAUCAUGUUGUAUGGCCAAGAAAUCAGACCUUCAGGCCUGCCAGACUCCAACCUAUCCUUGUCCCAGCUCGCAAUAA